AUGUACCAGUACUCGGUUUCCGGCCCGUGGACUGCACGGGGCUCUCCGUGGACCCAGGAGCUGACGCGUCGUCGCGCCAAGCAGACGCGAAAAAGAUAUCAAACCACGGUGACGUCAAUCGUCGGGUGGCGUUCGUCCAACCCCGGCGAGGAGGGCCAGGCGAGGCGGGCAACUUUUGGCGCCAGUUUGGCCCAUCCGACGCGGACGGCGAAAGCGACGUUCGCAGACUCCGUCGCGGUUCCGCUUCCCCCGGACGAGAUGAUCGCCAACCGCAGGAGGCGCGCGGCGAACAAAAAAGACAAAAAAGACGGGGGCGGCGGAGGAAAAGUCCCGCCCGUUCGUCUGUUGACGUCCUACGACCAGACGGUCGCGACCAUCGUGGAGGAGAUCAACAGGACGGCGAAAGGCGAUCGCGUGGAGUUCAGCGUCUACGUGCUGGAACCGGGCGAGUCGACGCAGAGGGUCCUGGACUCCAUGCGCAGGGCGGCGAGAAGAGGUGUGCGCGUGGACGCGUCCCUCGACUGCUCCGCGGUGUCCUCGUUCACCAGGUGGUGCGAGGGAACCGCCACGCUCGCGUCCGAGCUGGUGGAGAUGGAGAAACAGUUCCCGGGCGUGGUCAAGUUCCAGCCGCGGAGGAUACCGACGCACGCCAAGUACGUCAUGUGCCACCGCGCGGCGUCGACGUCCACGGCGGUGUUCGGCGGGGUGAACAUCGGCGACAGGUUCAAGCCGUGGAGGGAUUUCGCGAUACGGGCGGAGGGAUCCGCGGCGGUGGGCGCGUUGUCCCUCGGAGUCAACGGUCCGAACAACGUCAACUCGAAGGCGGGUAACGCAAAGGCGGACUCAAAGGUGGAGGAGUUCAAGGUUGACACCCAAAUCGGUAACCCGUAUUUUCUCAGACGAAAGCCGAGGACCGUGGCGUCGGCGGUAUCCGGCGCGAAGGAUAUGCUGCGGCGGGGUGUCUCCCUCACCGUCGGGUCCAGGCACAGGAACGCGAGCGCCGACGCGACGGCGAGGCGCGGGGGCGUCGGCUUCUUCACCAACCGACCCAACGGUUGGAACCUCCUCGCGUGGGCUUUCCCCAGGUUCGCCAAGUUCCCCGGCAGGUUCGACGUGUACCCGGCGCUCGUGGACCUGAUGGACGAUCCGAGGUGGGACAGGUAUACCAUCGCCGCCGCGUACGUCGACCAGUGCGGAGUGGAGGUUUUGGAGCCGGCGCUAAGGAGGGGCGCGACCAUGACGCUCGUGAUGCCUCGAAACCCGAACGUGUACCACGACGCCAACAGGAAGGCGCUCAAGAGGCUGGUGGAUCGGUACGGCGGUGAGAAUGGGCAGGUUCGCGCGUACAUGUGCGACGACAUGCUCCACGCCAAGGUAUUUCUGGCAGAGAGUUCCGCCACCGGAGAGUCCGCGGCGAUGAUCGGGAGCUGCAACCUGAAGCAACGGAGCUUCGGGCAGUUCGCCGAGCUCAACGCGCUCAUCGUCCAGCCGUCUUGCACGAGGCAGCUGGAGAGGGAGCUCGCGAAGCUGGUGUCCGACAGCAAGGCGGUGGUGGAGUCGGACCUUCGGUUCUCGGAGCCGAAAGCCACGAUCGAGGAGUGGUUGGGCUGA